AUGGCUUCCUUUUCAGUAACUGAACUCUUCAACCAUGUCAUGUUUUCGACAUUUUUUAUCACUUUUGUUGCUGUGUCUGUGUCUCCGUUUCAGUUCCAAGUCGGCGGCGAGAGAGGUUGGAUCAAUCCCGCCGGAAAUGAGACGGCAGAGGAUUACAACAAGUGGGCUGAAAAAAAUAGGUUCCAUGUUGGAGAUGUUCUUCGUUUCAAGUACGAGAAUGACUCAGUUCUGGUAGUGAACCACACAGAUUACAAAGAGUGUAUUGUGUCCAAUCCAAUCACUAAAUUUGAAGAUGGAAAUACAAUUCUACGUAUUGACCGAUACGGGUUUUUCUACUUCGUGAGUGGGCAGCCCGGUCACUGCAACGCCGGUCAAAAGCUGAUUAUCCGUGUGAUGGUGCAGUCGGCGGAAGUUCAUACCCCGAGGGCUGCACCUUCACCUAAAGAAAAUGGCGAUUCGGGAGGUGAUGGUUGGGAUUCUUUCAACUGGGGUCCACCUUCACUGAAUUCUACCAUCAAGUUGGCUGUUGCUUCAUACUUUUUAACUAUUUUGGGGGGUGUGCUGGUUAUUUUCUAUGUUUUCAUGUAG